AUGAUCAUUAUUACAUUUCCAUACCUUUAUAUAAUCUAUGGAAUAAUUAUUACUUUAGUUUGUUCGACAAUUUCACUAGCUCAAUAUUAUAAUUCAGAAAAAAUUUUACAUUAUCUAUGUUCAUUAUGUGCUAUUAGUGCUCUAUAUAUGCCUAUUUUUUUAAAAUAUCAUUCACCUUGGACUGAAAUCACAGAUGGAUUGGUUAGUAUAUUUUCAGCAGUAACUGGAUUUUUAUUUGCUCUAAAAAUCCUUGAAAUUGCUUUUACAUAUGAAUGGUCAAAACAAAAACAGGUAACAUUAAAACAGAUUCUUAUAGAUUUUUCAACAUUUCCAAAAUAUAAAUAUGAACCAGAACCAUCGUCAGUUAAAUCAAAAUCGAUUCAUCCGACAUUUUUAAAUUAUAUAAAUUAUCUUAUUAUUGGUACUGAUGAUGAACAACUUUCAGCUCGUCGACAAAAUAUCUUAAUUAUGUUUCGUGCCAUGUGUGCAUACUUUCGAUCAGCCGAACAGAACUGGAGUAUUGGCGGUAGUAGCGAUGAAAUAUGGAAUGGAUGGCAUCAUAUCAAAUCUGAAGAUGAUUUUUGGGGAUGUGGUAAUAAUUUCGCAAUGACUUUACAGAAAGGUAUGCCAUUUAUAUCUGUCUAG